GAAUAUAUAAAGGAGGUACACGUGUCCGCCUCGUUAGUACACGAGCAAACGUUGACACAUAAGCAAACGUCUUGUGAAAUUGGUGAAGUUGUCAGUGUUGGAAUUAAAUAGCCUCUCGUCGAAAAUCCGACGAAAUUAUUCGAAAAUUCUAGUAACAUCUGCUGCUGCAAACCUCUUUGAUACAGUAUCAGAAUUUGCAUUGUGUCAGCAAGAUAAACGAAAUUUGCACAGUAAAUAUUUCGUAAAACUCCUCAAUUUUUAGUUGAGUCAAGAAAUCGCACUAGAAAAAUUAUAACACAAUUGACAUGGAAUUUCCGAAUUUGGGAGAGCACUGUUCUGAGAGCAGUUGCAAUCGCUUGGAUUUUUUACCUUUAAAGUGCGACGCUUGUCCAGGAAUCUUUUGCACAGAUCAUAUAUCUUAUACAAAUCAUAGUUGUCCCAGUGCAUAUAAAAAGGACGUACAGGUGCCUGUGUGCCCCUUGUGCAACAUUCCUAUAUCCGUAAAACGUGGUGAUCCUCCCGAUUUGGCUGUGGGAUUGCACAUAGACAAUGACUGUAAGGAAAGCUGCAAAAAGAUAUUCUCCAAUAAGUGUUCUUCCAAAGGAUGCAAGGUCAAAGAAAUGGUGCCAGUAAAGUGCAAUGAAUGUGGUGCUAAUUUUUGUUUAAAGCACAGACAUCCUACUGAUCACGGUUGCAUUGGAGCAGAAGAAGCAUUAAGACUGCGCAGAUUAGAAGCGCUAAAACAAAAUGCUCAAGCAACAAUUUCGCAGAAUAGCAACAAUAGUGAUGUGCAGUCAUUCCAUAACCUUCAAGGAACAAUGAGUGAAGACGAAGCACUAGCCAGAGCUCUCCAGGCUUCUUUAGAAGAUGAAGAGAAGAGUAGACGAGUAAUGCAACCAGUGCCUUCUGGAAACAGAGAUAGAUGUAGACUUUCAUAACUCUAUAUGCAUUAAAAAAACUUGGGUUUUUAAUCUAAACGUAAAAUAUUCAUAAUUUAUUGUUUUUUUUUUUAAUAUAUUAA